AUGUCCUCCAUCUUUCGAGCGCCGAGCGGCUUUGGUGCAUCAGCAGCCAGCACUGCGCGUCCGGGUCUGGUCAAUACCUCCAAUACUGGAAAUCAAGCAGCGAGCACCGACAUUGAAGUGAACCCUUCUCCUCCAGAUGGAAUCUCUUCGCUCGAUUGGAGCUCUGCUGCCGACUUUCUCGUGAGCGGGUGCUGGGACAACAAUGUGAGUUUGACGAUGGAUCACGCCAGGUGCGUGCACGCUCCGCUUAGCGCCCGAAGGCGUUGAUUUCUGAUCUGACGCCGUACUUGCCGCCGCCAUACGUCUCGCCAUCAUAGGUUCGCAUUUACGGAGUGGAAGGGGCAGGAGCGGUGCCCAAAGCGAUGUACAGUCACGAAGGUCCAGUGCUAGACACCAUUUGGUCCAAAGACGGCUUGAGAGUCAUAAGCGGAUCAGCAGACAAGACUGCUAAGCUGUAUGAUGUUCAGAGCGGACAGAGCAAUCAGAUCGCUGCUCACGAUGCGCCUAUAAAGCACGUGAGGUGGGUCGAUCAGGGAAACGGGCUGCUCGCUACUGCCAGCUGGGACAAGACGGUCAAGGUGAGUCACUAAAGUGGCACACACCCGGCUGUAGUAGAUGCAGGGCUGACACCGAGGCUGGCAUACUCCAUCUGAUGCGAAUGCAUGAUUGCGUAGUACUGGGACAUGCGCCAAGGGAAUCCUAUCGCACAAGCCACACUUUCGGAAAGAUGCUACGCUAUGGACUGCGAAUGGCCAUAUCUGGUCGUUGGCACAGCGGAUCGCAAGAUCCACGUCUUUGAUCUGCAGCAGAAUCCCAAUGCUCCUGCCUUUGUGAGUAGGCCUCGAAGCGCGAUGCAAGCGUCUUUCUCGGGCGAAGGAUGCCAUGCAUGUGUAUGCGGCAAACAGCUUACGGCUCACCUUUGUCUCGGGCCUUCGGUGUCGUAGUCGAUCGACUCUCCACUCAAAUAUCAGACGAGGACCAUCGCUUGCUUCAGACGAGCACCCGAGGUCGGCUUGGAACCCAUGGCACCCGGCUUCGCACUUGGGAGCAUCGAGGGACGAGUUGCGAUUCAGUACUUCAAGGAUGAGCACAAGAGGUAAGUGGAUUGCGUGCGCGGCGGACCAAAAGUUUGAGCGAUGUAGCGCUGUCAGUGUUUCCAGGCGGCUUGCUAAUUCGGUUCCCUCCAUACGACUUCUUUCGUCGCUUGUCCAGCUCGAACUUCUCGUUCAAGUGUCAUCGAAAAGAGCCUCCUACGGGUAGCAGGGAACCAGCUGUGGUUUGUCCCGUCAACGAGAUCAGCUUCACGCCUCAAGGCACGUUCUCCACUUGCGGCUCGGAUGGGACCUUCACCUUCUGGGACAAGGAUGCUCGUACGAGGCUCAAGAGUGAGUAGACUAUCGUAGCACGGCGCUCUGAACACGCUGCAUUCCCAAAGAGACCCUCUCUCCCUAGCACGAGUUGCUCACGCGCUGUUCCCUCUCUCUCCCUCCUACCUACCACUCUCUGAGCAGCCUUUGACCGCAAAGCAGCUCCCAUUAGCGCAACGGCUUUCAACCGAGACGGGAAAAUUUUUGCGUAUGCCGUGUCGUACGAUUGGCACGCGGGUCAUCAGAUGGCCAAUCCGCCUAAUAGCGGAAAGGACAAGAUCUAUCUUUUGCCCGUGGCCGAAGAAGACAUUCGCAGGAAGCCUCCCAAGAGGUGA